CCUUCAUUUGAUGUCGGUACAACGAGUAACAGUACAAGUGUUAUGGAGUACAUGCAAAACGUCACCCUGACGUGUAACGCCACGGGGAAUCCGGUUCCGUUGAUCAAGUGGUGCAGAGAAGACUCGAGAAGUUUCAAACUUGGAGACAAAGAAGUCGAACUGUAUGGAGAAAGGAGCCUAACGUUUCCUUUGGUGACCCGGGAACACAUGGGGGUUUACCUAUGUAUAGCCACGAAUAACGUUCCUCCUUCUAUUCGACGAAGGAUCCCCCUCGAAGUUAACUUUCCUCCAACGAUCUGGAUACCUAAUCAAGUCGUAGGGGCGGCGUUGUAUUCUAACAUAACUUUGGAGUGCCAUUUGGAGUCUUAUCCUAAAGCCAUCAGCUUCUGGCUUCGAGGGACAGUUUUGAUCGAUGAAAGAGAAAAUAAGUACAUAAAAUACGUGUCACACGACUCCUAUAAAUCACAUAUGAAGCUGACCAUCAUAAAUAUACAAAAGGAAGAUUACGGUCCCCACAAAUGUGCUGCAAAGAAUGAUAAAGGAGAAUCUGAGGGUGUUUUGACUUUAUAUAAAACUGACAGACAAGUCAAACAGAUGAUACUCAAAACUACUCCUUUGCCUCAGAGACUAGAAGCAACGGAUACGAAGAAAUAUGUGGUACAAGUUUAUCCUCAGACACCGGCGAAAG